UUUCUUUAUUAUUCAAUUCUCAAGAUGCCUUCUUUCUUUUCAUUCAUGCGUAACAAUGCUGCUUUAAUUCCCCUCUUUGCUAUUGCAGGUGCUGGUUGUGCUGCUGCUGUUUCAUAUCCACUUUACUUGCUCAAGACGCAUCCUGAUAUUCAAAUUGACAAGAAAAACAACCCUUAUCCUUGGCAAAGAGUUGAACAACAUGAAAAUACCAAGUUUUUCAGUUCCAACCCUUCUUUCUUUGAAGGUCGUAGAGGCUUGAAAUCACCCAAUUACUAACUAUAUAUCCCACAUUCUAUUUAUUCAAUAAAGUUAUCUUUCUUUUUUUAAAAAAACAAA